UAUGUUGUGUUUCGUGUUCUGCCUUGUGUUGUCUGCCUGUUCAUCUGUGUUUUGUUCAUUAAACGGAUAAACUGCAUUUGGAUCCCCGCUCGCCUUUUGCCUCACCAUGUCACAGCGUGACAGAAACAUAAAGUACAGUAGUGGGGUUUUUUUAUAUCUUGAUCCAUGAAGCUAAUUAAGUCACAGAGAAGCAUGUGUACUAUAAUCAAAUAGCCAGUGAGAUUCCAGCAUUUAACAUACAGAAAUGUGUACAAAGUACUAGAGUUGUAGUGAUAAUUUAAAGAUACUUGAAAAAUAUCUACAUCAAAAGGUUGUUUUUAAAGUGAACUGACCUCAAAAGUUUUUACAACUUUUUACUACUAAUUAAAUUACUACCAUGCCCAACACACCUUAUCUCUUCAUGUUAUAGCUUCAUAUUAUAUAUUUAUAUACCAGGUGUUUCUAGGCUUAGUUUUGUGAAUUUUAAAGGGUAAUCUCAGCUUUCAUUUCCUGUGAAAUCAUCCAUGCAGAAAUAGGCCAUUUUAUCUUCACUUCCUCAUAAAGUAGUUACAACAAUGUACCUCACACCGUUAAGUGUCUUUAUUUGGGAAUUAAUAUUCUGUUACAGAAUUCAAGCCAAGCUGACUAAAGUCCAGCUUGGAACUGAUGUGACACUGAGCUGUGAGGUGUCUGACCUCUUACAAUCCUCCACUGUGCAGUGGCAGAGAGAGGACGCACCUGUUCCUAACACCACUCUGGUCUACAACAACACUGCAUACAUCAUUUUACACAAUGUCGACCAUCGCAGUAAUGGGAAUUACUACUGCACAGGGAGCCACCAGGGAAAGAAACAAAUUUAUGAAAAUCGAACACUUGAAGUGACACAAUAUGCAGAACAAAAAAAGUAUAUUCUAUACAGAGAAAGCUCUAACAGUAGUAAUUUGACCCUCAACUGCAAGUCCAAAAAGACUUAUAGCAGAAUAAAGUGGACCCGAAAGCUAAACCAAAACAUAGAAGUUAUGAUAACUGCAGAAAAAAGCCAAAAGCAGGAAGUAUAUGGAGCAAUUAUCCCAGAGAAGCCUUCAUCCACAUUUUACAAUGGAAAUGAUUUCAUCUUCCAAAUAUCACCCGUGAAAUUCAAUUCCAGUGGAACGUAUAAAUGUAUCGUGAAUGAUAACACCACCUAUUCAUCCUUAACACUUCACACACUAAGAGUCUUUGCAGAGCCUGCUGUCAUGAUCAGGAAUCAGUCAGUGGUUCUGAGCUGCGAGUUGUCUGACGUGACAGAGCAAGUUACUCUCUCCUGGUUGAAGAUGGAGAAAAACGGGGCAAGGCUAAUUAAACGGAAAGUCCUGACACCAAAAGACCCAGAGAGGAGAGUCAGUGUAACACUGAACAGUGUAUGGGAGGACUUGCUUUUGUACCAGUGUGUUGUGUUUAAUGAGAGCACACUCAGAGCUGUAGCUCCAGUAACUCUCCACCUCAUUCAAUCAUUAGGAAAAGAGCCUCCUUCAGCUAUACCUAAACAUACCACAGAACCCCCCAGCCAGGGAAACAGUAUGGAAACGCAUAGCAUCACCAUCAUUGUGUUCACUGUGUCCGGGUGUGUGGUGCUUUUGCUUGGGGCUCUUUUGUUCUGCACUCGAAGAAAAUCUUCCACAGAUGGACCAUCUAUGAUAGAGAUGAAGUGUAGAGGUGAUCCAUCCUAUUCACAUUCAGCUCAAGGUGCUGACAUGCUUAAAGCAGAAGAAGAAAAACAAGCAGAUGAGCUCCACUAUGCCUCCGUCACCAUAGUGGAACUUGAUCGCGGAACAAGUGGAAAUUGUAAACGGCUCAAGGUAAGCAGUAACCAAUAUGAUUCAUCUUCUGCACAGUUUGUACAGUGGCUCAUAAGAUGCUGUAUUUUGUCUAUGUUUUGUCUUUAUAAACAGACGGCAAGCAAGAAUGACUCCGUCAUCUACUCAACUGUCAACAUAAAAUAAGAAGCUUGAAUAAAAAUAGAUUAUGCAAUAGAAUUGUAUAGAAUUACAAUAGAAAUGCCAAAUUUGCCUUAUAUUGUAACUGCACAUCUCUCUCUGAUCUGCCUGUGAUUUCUGCCUAUUACAGAAAUUAAUAUUAUAGAUAAAGCUUGUUCAUCUUCAAAUGGAGUACGUGUGAACUGUAUUUGUGAUCUGUAAUGUAUCUGUACACACACACACACACACACACACACACACAAUUCAAUAUAAACACACAAUAAACUAUUUUGUGAAGACUCAA